AUGGAGACUGAAUCAAUACUUUAUUCAUCAACAUCAUCUGGUGCUGGAGGUGGACCUGCUUUGUCACCAGAGGGCGCUCCACGUCCAAAGCCAAACAAUACACCAAACUACCGAUUAAAGUACACUCUGCAAGGUCAUUCUCAAUCAAUAUCAUGUGUAAAGUUCUCUCCAGAUGGUAAAUGGUUAUUAAGUGCAUCCGCCGAUAAUAUUAUAAAGAUUUGGGAUGCUAGGAAUGGAAGAUAUCAAAGAUCAUUGACUGGACAUAAGAAGGGAAUAUCGGAUGCAAGCUGGAGUCAUGACUCAAAGUAUAUUUGUUCGGGAUCGGAUGAUAAGACUGUGCGUAUAUGGGAUGCCACGUCAGGCGAUCAACUAAAGGUUCUGCGAGGCCACAAGAACUUUGUGUUCUGUUGCAACUUCAACCCGCAGUCCAACCUGAUUGCCAGUGGCUCCUUUGACGAGGACAUCAUCCUGUGGGAUGUCAAGACUGGCAAAAUGCAGCGCAAGAUCGAGGCACACACCGAGCCAGUAUCAUCCGUCCACUUUAACCGUGAGGGAAACAUGCUUGUCUCUAGCAGCCACGAUGGAUCAAUACGUAUAUGGGACACAGCAACAGCGGAUAUCUUAGCGACAUUGUUGCCAACUGAUGUAAAACCACCAAUGGUAUCAUACUCGUCAUUCUCACCCAAUGGCAAGUAUGUGCUGGCGGGCACACUGGACUCAAAGCUGCGGUUGUGGAACUACAGCGACAACAAAGUGAUGAAGACAUACGACGGUCACGUGAACACCAAGUACUGUGUAUUCUCUGCCUUCUCCAAUGGAAAAUGGGUCAUCUCUGGAUCGGAGGACAACUGCCUCUACAUCUGGGAUCUGCAGACCAAGGAGAUCGUACAGAAGCUGGAAGGACACACCGAUGUGGUGCUGGCUGUUGCCUGCCACCCUACAGAGAACAUCAUCGCAUCAGGUGCCAUCGACUCGGACCCAACCAUCAAGAUUUGGAAAAUGUAG